AUGAUGAAAUCAGAAGAUUUACCGCUGGUUGCACAAAUAAAGUUCAAUAUCCUACACAACCCAAAGAAAACGUUUCAUGGCUCAUUACUUGAUGAUCAUUUUAUUACAUGUUGUUGUCCUCAACUUGUUUUAUGCCAGUUGAGGCGAGAUAUGAGAUAUAUGGAAUCUUAA